AUGUUUAACAAGGAUGAAAGCCUCCGAAGCUUGAUGAUGCUCAAGCUUUUCACAAGAAAACUGCAAAGGGGUCUCUUGGUGAUGGGAUCCAGAGGAGGGCAGAGGCUGAAAAGCAUUCCUGAGCUCGACGAAGAAGACAAAGAUGCUGGGAAAUUGCCUCCCAACGAUGUGAAGAAAGGGCAGUUUGCCGUGACUGCAACCAAAGGUGGGAAAACAACUAGGUUUGUUGUGGAGUUGGAUGACUUGAAUGAUCCAGAGUUUCUUGAACUGCUGGAACAGGCUGAAGAUGAAUUUGGUUUCGGCCAGGAAGGUGUUCUUGCAGUGCCUUGUCAUCCUGAGGAGCUUCAGAGGGUUCUACAUGGAGGGAAAGUGAGAAGAGCAAGUACAGAAUGGUAG